AUGAGUUUGUUUGUCGCCAGUCGAUCUGCCUUCCGGGCCGCCGCGCCCCUCAAGCGGCAAUUCCAGAUCCGCCGCUAUGCCACCGAGCCCCCCUCCGCCGACGCUAAGAAGGGCAACAACACCCUGCUCUAUGGCGCAGCCGCCGCCGCUGUCGCCGGUGCCGGCUACUACUUCCUCGGAGGCACCCCCGCCGCCAAGAAAGCCGAGGAGAAGGUGAAGGACGCCUCGAGCGCCGCCGCCGGCAAGCUCUCCACUAGCGAGGUCAAGCAGGCGCUCACGGGCGGCGAGCAGGGCUGGGUUAGCCUGAAGCUCGAGGAAGUCGAGAUUGUCAACCACAACUCGAAGCGGCUGCGCUUCCGCCUGCCCGAGGACGACAUGGUAUCAGGCGUGCACGUUGCCAGCGCCAUCCUGACCAAGUUCAAGCCGGUCGACGCGGAGAAGCCCGUGAUCCGGCCGUACACGCCGACCAACGACGAGGACGCGCGCGGCUACCUGGACCUGCUAGUCAAGAAGUACCCCAACGGGCCCAUGAGCACGCACCUGCACGACAUGGUGCCCGGCCAGCGGCUGGACGUCAAGGGCCCGCUGCCCAAGUACCCAUGGACGGCCAACAAGCACGGCCACAUCGCGCUGGUGGCCGGCGGCACGGGCAUCACGCCCAUGUUCCAGCUCUGCCGCGCGAUCUUCAACAACCCGGACGACCAGACCAAGGUGACGCUCGUCUUCGGCAACGUGCGCGAGGACGACAUCCUGCUCAAGAAGGAGCUCGCCGCGCUCGAGAACAACAACCCGCGCCGCUUCCGCGCCUUCUACGUGCUCGACGACCCCCCCAAGCAUUGGACCGGUGGCAAGGGCUUCAUCACCAAGGACCUGCUCAAGACGGUCCUGCCGGAGCCCAAGGACGAGAACAUCAAGGUGUUUGUGUGCGGACCCCCCGGCAUGAUGGACGCCAUCUCCGGGAACAAGAAGAGCCCCAAGGACCAGGGCGAGCUCAAGGGGAUCCUGAAGGAGCUGGGCUACAGCCCGGAGCAGGUCUACAAGUUUUAG